UGUCUGUGGGUUGGCUGGUUAUUUUGCAAGCGGGAGGGGCCGUGCUCGCUCUUGCCUCAGGCUUCUGUCCCCCACCCCCUUCACCGGUACGGGUCUCUUCUUCGAAAAGAUGUCGGACACGGCAGUGGCUGACACUCGGCGCCUUAACUCGAAGCCUCAGGACCUGACUGAUGCUUAUGGGCCGCCAAGUAACUUCCUGGAGAUAGACAUCUUUAAUCCACAGACGGUGGGCGUGGGCCGCGCGCGCUUCACCACCUAUGAGGUUCGCAUGCGGACAAACUUACCCAUCUUCAAGCUGAAAGAAUCCUGUGUACGGCGACGCUACAGUGACUUUGAGUGGCUGAAAAAUGAGCUGGAGCGAGAUAGUAAGAUUGUAGUACCACCAUUGCCUGGGAAAGCCCUGAAGCGGCAGCUCCCUUUCCGAGGAGAUGAAGGGAUCUUUGAGGAGUCUUUCAUUGAAGAAAGGAGGCAGGGCCUCGAACAGUUUAUUAACAAAAUUGCUGGGCACCCACUGGCUCAGAAUGAACGCUGUCUACACAUGUUCCUGCAGGAGGAGGCAAUUGAUAGGAACUACGUCCCUGGGAAGGUGAUUCUGAUAUUAGAAGCAUGCCAGAACAGAUUGCUAAAAGGAGGAAGUCACUUUCUCUUUAUGAACCCCAACAAAGCUCCAACACCUUCAUCUAUUUGUAUGGUAUUUUAAAUCCUAAAAAGGGACAAUUGUGUUUCUUCCUCUCCUGUUGUUACCAUGGAAAUGGGAGGUAGGGUCUAAAGCAAAUCAUGAAAGAGUGGUCCAUCUUCAGUGGUUUCUAAGUCUCCUAAUCUGCUAAUCCCUGUAACAUCCUUCUUCACCAAGAGUCAAGACCCCAAAAUCAUGUAAGGGAUGGGCCGAAAUUGGGACACAGAAGGGCUUAUAAGGAGCAGUUCUCAACCUUCCUAAUGCUGCGAUCCUUUGAUACAGUUCCUCAAGUUGUGGUGACCAUCAACCAUGAAAUUAUU